AUGGCGCCAAAGCAGCAAGCAAAACUCGGCAAGUUCUUCGGCAACCCAGGUGGUCCCAAGGCCACGCCCCAACAAGCCAAAUUGUCUUUCUCGUCCAAAUCUGAGAAGAAGAACGAUGGAGACGACGCCGAUAUAUCCACAGGCGGAUCCAAGAAUGACGAUGUCAGAAUGGAAGAUGCUGCUACGCCCGACGACGAAUCAGUUAAGCACGACGAGGACGAAAACGGCAUCAAGACGGAAACAGCCCCUUCACUCGAUUCCAAGAAGCGACGUGCUUCCACCGACGAUGAGAGCAUUGCUGAUGAAGACAAUGAUGAGCCACCUACCAAGAAGCAGCGUCAAAAGCCUGUAGCCAAUGGCAGCAACAAGAAGGGUGUUGCGAAGAAGUCGACAGCCAAGAGCAAAGUCAAGCAGGAGAUAGAGGAGGAGGAUGAACUUCAUGUCGAGAAAUCCACAGCGAAGAAACCGGCAAAGUCAAACACCAAGGCUCAAGCGAGCAGUGCGAAGAAGACCGUGGCCGACGAUGGCGACGAAGAAGAAGAAGACAGCAAGUCGGUCACCAAAGGCUCCAUUAGUAAACCGGUUACAACCAAGACACCCAUCAAGGCGGAAGACGACGAUUCCAAUUCGGCGGAAGAAGGAUCUGAAGACGAAGAGAUAUCUGAAKAAGAGGAGGAAAUCAAACCCGAGGUCGCAGCGAAAAUUCGUGCCAAAGUGCAGAGCACGCUCAAGUCCAAGAAAGAUCCCUAUCCAGAUUGGAAAGCCGGAGAUCCAGUACCUUAUUUGGCGCUGUGCACCACCUUCUCGAAGAUUGAGUGUACGACCAAGCGCCUGGAGAUUGUCGCACAUUGUUCGCUCUUCCUACAGCAAGUUCUGCGCCUCACUCCUGGUGAUCUUCUGCCUACGGUACUCCUCAUGAUUGGUAAACUCGCUGCUGAUUACGCCGGUGUCGAGCUCGGAAUAGGGGAGUCUCUCAUCAUGAAGGCCAUUGGAGAGACAACUGGUCGCAGCUUGAAGAUCAUCAAGGAGGACCAACAGAAGAUUGGAGAUCUCGGCCUCGUUGCUGCCAAGAGUCGAGGCAACCAACCAACAAUGUUUAAGCCCAAGCCGCUCACUGUCCGCAGCGUGCAUGAGGGUCUGAUGAAAAUUGCUGUAGUGGAAGGCUCUGGCUCUCAAGGCCGCAAGGUGGAUGCCAUCAAGAAGCUUCUCGCAUCAGCAGAUGUCAGCCUACCGAAAGGUAAGACCAUUGACAUAAAUGAGGACAAGGGCGGUCCAAGCGAGUCCAAGUUUAUCAUUCGAGCUCUUGAAGGCAAGAUGAGACUUGGUCUAGCUGAGAAGAGCAUGCAAGUUGCUCUUGCUCAUGCCAUGGUUUCACACGCAGCAUCUGAGGACGGUCGAAAGGUACCAUCGGACGAGGAGCUCAAGAAAGGCGAAGAAACAUUCAAGGCCGUCUACAAUGAACUGCCUUCGUAUGAGGUAAUUGUUCCAGCACUGCUGGAGAAUGGCAUAUGGAAGCUACGGGGUUCUCUGAAGCUACGUCCCGGCGUGCCUCUCAAACCCAUGCUUGCUAAGCCAACCAAGUCGCUGGGAGAGGUGCUCAACCGAUUCGAAGGCAAGGACUUCACCUGCGAGUACAAGUACGAUGGCGAGCGAGCGCAAAUUCAUUUUGUCUCACACGACUCGGACCUAGACUUUGCCACGACCGUCGCGCCCACUGCGGGAAAGUCUGAGCGUGGUGUAUCCAACAUCUUCUCCCGUAACAGCGAAGACCUGAGCAAGAAGUAUCCCGACAUCCUCAGCAAGCUACCAACCUGGAUUAAGAAGGGCACCACCAGCUUUGUCCUCGACUGUGAGACUGUCGCAUGGGACAUCGAAAAGAAGCACGUCCUUCCCUUUCAACAGCUCAUGACCCGCAAGAAGAAGGAUGUCAAAGCAGAGGAUGUCAAAGUCAAGGUCUGCGUCUUCGCUUUUGACAUCCUGUACCUGGAUGGCGAGGCACUGGUGAACAAGCCAUUCCGCGAGCGCCGCGAGUUGAUGUACAGCGCGUUUGAUGAAGUUGAGGGCGAGUUUGCAUUCGCCAAGUUUGGCAACACCAAAGAGAUUGAAGAGAUUCAGACUCUGCUGGAUGRGUCGAUCGAGGCUUCAUGCGAGGGACUGAUGGUGAAGAUGCUUGACGGCGUGGAGUCACAUUAUGAGCCAUCUCGCCGUUCUCAGAACUGGCUGAAGGUCAAGAAAGACUAUCUCGCGGGCGCCGGUGACUCGCUGGACCUUGUUGUGCUUGGAGCAUACUACGGCAAAGGCAAGCGCACGAACUGGUACGGUGCGUUUACACUUGCGUGCUACAAUACGAGUACGGAGAAGUACGAGACCGUCUGCAAUAUCGGCACUGGAUUCUCGGAGGCCCUUCUUGCUGAGCUUCAUGAAAUCCUAUCUCCACUGACCAUCGAUCGUCCCAAGCCCUUCUACGAUCAUUCCACCGGCAAAAACGACCAGCCGGACGUCUGGUUCGAGCCGAAGUUCGUCUGGGAGGUCAAGACUGCCGACCUGACCCUCAGUCCUCGUUACCGUGCUGCCAGCUCAGAGUUUGGGGGCGAUGGUGUCCACAAGGGCGUCAGUCUGCGUUUCCCUCGAUUCAUUCGUGUAAGAGACGACAAAAAGCCCGACUCGGCUACGAGCAGUCGGCAGGUUGCGGAGAUGUAUCGCAAGCAGGAGACCGUAGGUAAGGAUAAGAAGGCCGCGGUCGAUGAUGACUUUGAUUACUGA